GACAUUCAGACCUACAAACACCUCCAUUCAUGCAACACUGUGUCCAAUACAGUAAAUCAGAAGACCUUUUGAAUCAAUCCUUAUUUAAACUAGAUUUAUUUUGUUUUGUGAAUCAUCUUUUCUUGAGUAUUACCCUUUUAUUUAGAGUUAUUUAACAUCAACAAUCCGACUUUUUGAGCGGUGGUUGAGUUGCGCUCUGAGGACAGGUUGGCAUGACAAGUGAAGGACUACUGAGAGGUAUGAAGCCUGCAUGUUGGUGUCGGAUGGUCGUCCUGGCAUUAAUGAUCUGCAUGGUUUCAAGUAUCCAUCAUCCAUUCACUUCAACAAGCUCAGACCUUAGAGAUAGCUCUAAAUCAAGUGUGAGGAACUUUUGGACAAGCAAUGGCAAAGUGUUUUCCAUAAGUCGGCUACUGUCCCAGACACUUUAUGGCAAGGAGAACCUCACCACCCUGGACCUGAACUAUGGUGAGUCAGAACCCUACUCCAAACAGGAACUUUGGGACUGGUUUCACAACUCCACCAACCUUCACAUUCCUCGUUCCCGGGUCAAGAGGAGACCCAUAGUUAAAACAGGCAAGUUCAAAAAGAUGUUUGGAUGGGGUGACUUCCACUCCAACAUCAAGACAGUCAAGCUCAAUCUGCUGAUCACUGGAAAAAUCGUAGACCAUGGCAAUGGCACAUUUAGUGUCUACUUCCGACAUAAUGCCACAGGCCAGGGCAACGUGUCAGUAGGACUGGUUCCUCCAACCAAGGCUGUGGAGUUCAAGCCUCAUCAGCAGCAACAGUCAACUCUCGAGCCAAAAGACAUCAAGUUGUUCAACUGCAGAGUGGAGUACGAGAAGGUGGAGAAGGGCAGUAGGAACUCGCUGUGCGCCCACGACCCUUCACAGAGCUGCCCUCAGGAACAGACCCAGAGCCACGUGUCCUGGCUAUGUUCCAAGCCCUUCAAAGUCAUUUGCAUAUACAUCGCCUUCUACAGCACCGACUACAAGCUAGUGCAGAAAGUGUGUCCUGACUACAACUACCACAGUGAUACUCCCUACCUCCCUACUGGGUGAUUUUCUGAUAGGUUGGCUAUAGGAAAGGCACAGGAACAGGGCAUUGCAUCCUGGAAGGUGACAAAUUGAGUUGUGUUGAAAUCAGGGAUGAUGUAGAAUAUUAACUGGUGGGUACAAAAGCGUCUGUAUCUCUGCUGCUUGCGAGUUGGCUGUGUCGUUCAGACCUUACAUUUGGCCAUUGUGAGAGCUUUAGGUCGCAACAUUUCAAAGCCUAUGCAUAUUCUCUCCUCAUGCAUUUAUCAAGUAUAUAUAUUGGCUCUCAAAAGAAAACAAUCCAGUCUGAGCCUUUUCAAAGGUUUGUUGAUUGUAAUUGUGUAAAUAACUGAAGUGGAAGUUAAAUUGUCUUUGUUGAUAGAAUAUCUUCCAUCUUUUUCCAUGAGUCUUGUCUUUUUUUACCCUUAUUUUCUGGUCUUUGUUGGACAAUUGGAGUUCAGCUUAAUGUAUUAAAGUGCAGAAAUCAAAAGCUAGAAUCAUAUCUGUACUAAGAAGUGAGUAAGGGUAAAUUAACACUUGGAUGUGUUUGUUGCAUGCAUGAGAAAAUGUAUAAUGUAAACGGAAAUUGUGUAUUGUUUACACAGAAUUUUUUAUGGUAGAUGCAGAAAACAGUCCAACAAGGUUUAAUAAGAUCUAAUAUGAAUGCCAUUCGGCCAGAAGGUAAUACUGUUUUUUUUCUUUAUUUAUGGAGGAAUAUCAUUAGUGUGAAUAAAAUAUACUUUAAUAUUUAAAAAUUACAAAAAAAAAGAUUAAAAUUUGUUGUAUGAGAACAAUUCAAACCAUAGCAAAUGGUAUCUACUAUAAUAUCCCAAUUUAAUAUAAUGACAACAAGCACACCCUCAGACAAUAGGGUAUAUCACGCAUUGUAACACCAUCAUCAUUUCUGACACCAUGGUUGGUAAUUAUAUUGAAUUGGCUAUUAAACUUUCAUUAUGAAAAUGUGAUGCCUAUAGCAGAUUGUGAGGCAUUUAGAGGAAUAUGCAUUGCGCAAAGAACAUUUUUAUGAGGAAAAUGGAAAAUGGCCCUGCUCUCUACUCUUUGUCUAUAGAUCUACUGUACAUGUAUAAAAUGCACUUGAAAAUAGAUUCAAUCAGUUAUUGAAAGAAAGGGACCUAUGUGUAGGGAGUGUAAUGAGGAGAUCACCCAAGUCCGACACCUGUCUUAUAUAUUGAGAUUAUUCAUCUGCCAUCAAUACAAAAAAAUAAAAAAUAACG